UGUGGGGCCUUAUCCACUCUCUCUAUGCACAAAAAGAAUCAAACGAUGGAAGUUGCCUCUUCCAUAGCUUGUUCGUUAAUAUGGCGGGUUCAUCACUCUCGCUGAGCUCGGUCUUGACAACGUUAUCCAACAAGUUACUUGUGCCUCAUUCAAAUGAGUUAACUCGACCAGCUGCAGUGUCUUUGUGUAACCCAAUUGCGUGCUCGAGAGAAACGAAUGUCAAUGAUGGGAGUAAUUGUAAGAGACGAUUGCUAUUGCUAGGAAUUGGAGGGUUGACCUCAAAUUUAUUCCCAGCAAGUCCUCUUUUUGCUGAAGAGGUACCUAAAAACUAUCGAGCAUUUGUUGACUCUGAAGAUGGGUAUUCAUAUUACUAUCCAUCGGACUGGAUUGAUUUUGACUUCUUGGGGCAUGAUUCUGCGUUCAAAGACAGAUAUCGGCAGCUGCAAAAUGUCAGAGUGAGAUUCAUACCAACUGACAAAAAGGACAUCCAUGAUUUGGGUCCGAUGGAAGAGGUUAUCUACAAUGUAGUAACGCACAGAUAUACUGCACCAAAUCAAAGGGCUAAUAUACUAGACAUGCAAGAGCGGACUGUGGAUGGGAAGAACUAUUACACUGUCGAGUUCGCACUUACAUCACCAAACUUCGCCUGCAAUUCUUUUGCAACAAUAGCAAUCGGUAAUGGGAGAUAUUACACACUAAUUGUUGGAGCGAAUGAAAGACGAUGGAAGAAAUUUCGCAAUAUGCUCAAAGUGAUAGCAGAUUCUUUUAAGAUGCUUGAUAUCUGAAGUGUAACUUGUUGCGCUAGAUUGUGUUCAACUACAGUGCAGUUUCCGCAAAAUAUAUUCUUCAUUUGUUAUAUGUAUCAGUACCUAUUGUUUCGUUGAUAUUCAGUCGUAGUUUAACGGGCUGAGAUUGCCUUAUAUGGUAAUAGAAGUUUUCAUACCAGUA